UGCGGAUUCUGCGCUGUGUCUGCUAAAGAACCGGGCGGGAUUUCCGCAAUACAUACAGUAUGGCGAAGACUUACGAUUAUUUGUUUAAACUGCUGUUAAUCGGGGAUUCCGGCGUGGGGAAGACCUGUGUGUUGUUUAGGUUCUCUGAGGAUGCCUUUAACUCGACGUUCAUAUCGACGAUAGGUAUCGAUUUCAAGAUCAGAACAAUAGAACUAGAUGGCAAGAAGAUCAAGUUACAGAUAUGGGAUACAGCAGGCCAGGAGAGAUUCAGAACAAUCACAACUGCGUAUUACAGAGGUGCAAUGGGUAUCAUGCUGGUUUAUGAUAUAACCAAUGAGAAAUCCUUUGACAACAUCAAAAACUGGAUCCGAAACAUAGAGGAGCAUGCAUCAGCAGAUGUGGAGAAAAUGAUUUUGGGCAACAAAUGUGACAUCAACGAGAAGAGGCAGGUUUCUAAAGACCGAGGAGAGAAACUGGCGUUAGAAUACGGCAUCAAGUUCAUGGAGACGAGUGCAAAGGCUAAUAUAAACGUGGAAAAUUCAUUCUUAACUCUCGCCAGAGAUAUAAAAGCAAAGAUGGACACAAAAUUGGAGGGUAACAAUCCUCAGGGUAGCAACCAUGGAGUAAAAAUUACCACUGAACAACAGAAAAAGAGCAGCUUCUUUCGCUGUGUGCUACUGUAAAGGCCUUACUGUCCACCAACCAGAGGCUGGACAUGACUGGACAAUGCUAUCCCACAAUGCACUCCUCCUCUUUCCUCUUUUUUCUUUUCCUUUCUCUCUCACGCUCGACUUCCAGCCCUCGGGCAGUUGGAGCCGGAUGUACCUGGCUCCUCUGAUCUUCCAUUGAUACGUAAGCGAUGCUUUUUCUUCUGCAACCGGGAUGGGACGGCAUCGGUUCUCCAGUCCAGUUGAUGAGCCAAGUCAUCAGUAAAUGUGCGUCUUAAAGAAGAUCCCAUGUCUCCAUCUCUCAUGCUAAUGCUCCGUAUCGAGCGCACAACUGCCAAAAUCCAUUUGUCCUCUUCACGGCGACCUGGACGUGGGAGCGGCCACAGAGAAAUCUGAUAUUUGAGCCUAUCUGAGAGAGAGUUACGUGGAACAUUCUCUUAUCAUUCCAUUUUAUUUCCAACCCUCAUGCAUUCUUUGACAAUCACAUGACCUUAUUGUAAGAUAUAACCCACUUCUUAUAAUAAUGGACUGUUUCCUUUUUUCAUGUUGCUUACUGUGUCCAAUUUUACAUACAUCAGCAGUCUUUUUAAUCACUUUAAUAGUGUGUCCUAACUAGGCAUGACAACCAGUUUCUAUCAACAAGUAAUUUGUCUAAAAAGUUGAAGUGAUUUUUUUUAUAUCCGCCAAUUUGGAAACCGUAUAACGCUGUAGCAAUUCCAAAAGUGUUUACGGUAAAGUCUAGUUUCCAUAGACAGUGUGACAUUUUAAAACCAAACUGUUAUUAUAAACAACUGAAGAAUGCGCUUUUUUCAUCAAGACAUUUUUUACUGCCUCGAUAUAUGAUUUUUUUUUUUGUAUGUUUAAUUUUUUAAAAACAUGCACAAAAAGCUAUUUCCAAAUAGUUUGCUCUUUUAUGCAGUAGCACUAGCUUUAGCAUCGCUAUUCCUGAACUCAUAAACCCCAAAACUCAGGACCUGUUUAAAAAAGCAUUCCCAUGCGUCCACCUUGAUAAAUAACACUUGAAUUGAAUAAUUGAAUAUUACUGACACUUGGCCCUUUUAAGGAUGUUAAAUUCCUGACUAGUAGUAUUAAUAAGUAUAACCAAAAGAUGGAGGGCACGUGUGUAACCUGGACGGCAGAGCUAUACUUUCCAUGCACUUUAUCAGUAUCUUUCAUGUUGUGUGUAGUUUGUGGUUAGUGAAAGUUUUGCGUCAUUUUCAAGAUUUGAAGAUGUAAGAUUUAAAAAAAAUUACCUGAUUCCCCCAAAUAUUGUUGAGGCUUUAUCUACUAAAGAGGCUUUAUCUACUAAAGAGGCACUUCUACAAUACAGCCUUUUAUUUUGAUAGUAAAGCCAAAGGCGAUGCUUUGGCACCUGUUAUGCAGUUCGAAUAAAUAAUUCAGUUACA